AUGGGUCAGCUCGACCGGAGUGAUACCACGGCCUCACAGAAGACCGGCGUGAAACAACCACAGCGUUAUGUUUCGCCGUGUGUUGAAAUGGUAACAAAGGCGAAUCGAGUUUCAUUCAUCACGUUAAUGACAGCAAGUACGUCGAUAGCUGGGAUAUUGAUGGCUCUCAUAGCUUGGGCAGUUCCUUACUGGAGAUAUUUCCUUCAAGUUACCCAAUACUUUCAAACUUUGUUUUUCGUGGGUAAGGUCAUAGCAGCCCUAACUACUGGAACAGUGUACUUACACACACCUCUCAAUUGUUCCCGACCUAUACAAGUAACACGAUGCAUGUUCUAUGCUCCUCUAUUGGAAGAUUUGGAGCUACUCUCGCACCGCAAACGACUUUGCUGGCAAAUUCGUUACUGGAAAGGAUUCCCAUCACUGAUCAUCGGAGGCUUAUCACUCACUACUCCCCUGAUGGUGAUGAUAAUGACUGAUACUGCUGAAGACGUGCCACCAGAUACCGUGCAGCAGGCUGAAACACUUGGUGCAAAACGUCUAAAGAACACAGAUACGAAUGUUUUGUUGCUGUGUAAACAUCCAAACUGCGGGUACACAGAUCUGGUGAAUUUGGAGUUAAAUUCAAGUUUUGGUUUCAAAUGUCAUAAAUAUAAAAUGUACGACGAUAAUGGGGCAUGUGUUGCGGACAAUUUCAAUUCACAAAACCCUGUUGAGUGUAGUGAAUGGGUCUAUGAAAGACCGGACAGUUUUGUUGCAGAGUUCAAUCUUGGAUGCGAGAGUUGGAAGAGGACACUCGUUGGUACGAUGCACAGCGUCGGAUACAUGAUAGGCCUGUUCCUAGUUGGACCUUUAUCAGACAAAUAUGGUAGAAAGAUCGUAGUGAUAUUCACGGCAGUAGCAUGCGCUGCGAUUGGUCUGGCUAAGAGUGUGGUCUACUCCUAUUGGCUGUAUGUAAGUCUUGAACUCAUGGAACCACUGCUUGGAGACUGUUACUCCGCUACAUUUACUUUAGCAAUAGAAUCAGUAACAAAAGAGCAUCGACCUAUUAUAAUAUUCUUACUGAGUUUGUUCACAACUUGUGGAGCAGUAACGCUCGGCAUCAUCGCCUGGUUGGCACCGAACUGGAGAAUCUUCCUAAUAUCAAUAUACGCCCCAGCAUUAUUAUUCAUUCUUUACAUUUUCUGCUUCGACGAAAGCAUAAGAUGGCUACUAAACAAAGGCGAGAAGAAAAAAGCGGACGACUUGAUCAGAAAAGCAGCUAAAAUGAACAAUAUAGUUAUAGAUGAAACAAAAUUAUCAAACUUGAAAUGCGAAGAGAAUUCAGCCAACCUAGAUUACUGGGAAGGUCUGCCAUCUCUCAUAAUUGGCGUCCUAUCUGUCCUGACAGCGUGCCUCAUCACGCUACUGCCAGACACAUCGGAUGAUGUCUUACCAGACAAUGUUUGCCAGGCAGAAGCCGUUGGUAAAAAAGAGAAAGAUAUAUGCAAAUUAGAAAAGACAGAGAUAGGAAUAGAUAUAUGUUCUAAAUUGUAG